UCGAAUACGUGCGUCCGUUUAACAGAGAGUCAGGACAAAUGUUUGCCUCUAGAUAAAUUUAUUACGCGACUACGCCGUUUUGAUUCUCGUAACGCGAUAUCGUUAUGCCUCUCAUGCGAUUCAGAACGCAGGCGCAGACGAUGCACACGAUAUUUUAGAACCGGCUAGCGCUAGAUCAACGAAGACAGAAUUGUCCGUGUACAUUCGGUGUAUCACUCCGCGUCCAAUAGGCGGAUCAAACGGCAAAAUUUUCCGAUCUACGAUCGAUCGGAUCGUCAGUUCGGUCCAAGAAAAAAAAAAAAAAAAAAUGAGGGGUAGAGGAUCGAUCGCGAGUACCGGGUGUUCCUUUGUGGCGAAAAUGUUGUUAUCGUUAUUGUUAACGUUACUGGCGGUCAGUUCGGUGAACGGGGCGAGGAUAUUGGGAUUGUUUCCCUUGAACGGUAAAAGUCAUUUCGUCAUGUUCGAAGUGGUGAUGAAAGGUCUGGCUGACAGAGGUCAUCGAGUAGACGUCUUGAGCCCGUUUCCGCUGAACAAACCCCAUCCGAACUACACCGAUUUGAGCAUAGCGGACGACGUGCCGCGAAUGACGAACAACAUGAACUACGAACUCGUCAAAGCGAUAUCCGGUUCGUCGGCGGGCCUGUUCAUACACAUGACCGGUACGGAAAUAUGCCGAUUGCUCGAAUUACCGCUGUUGCAAGACCUCAUCAAUAAUCCGCCGAAGGAUCCACCCUACGACUUGGUGGUAACGGAGUUAUUCUACUCGAAUUGUUACUUCGCUUUUGGGAGGCACCUCGGGGUACCGGUCGUCGCCAUAACUCCCUCGCCGAUGAUCCCGUACGCUAACGAGCCGCUCGGGAAUCCCCUGAACACGGCGUACGUGUCGGACAUCGAAGACGAUUCGAUAAAGAAUUUGACAUUUUGGGGAAGAUUGAAGAACACGAUAAUCACCUGGUACAGAAUAUUUCAAAGCAGAUACCACAUCGAGGUGCAGAACGACUACGUGAAGAAAUAUUUCGGCGAGGAUAUGCCGGAGGUGAGACAGUUGGAACGAGAACUUUCACUUCUGUUGGUGAACUCGCAUCAUUCGUUGAACGGUGUGAGGCCGUUCACCCCUGCGGUCGUGGAAGUCGGCGGACUUCACGUCAAGAAGAAGAAGAAAAGCGAUCUUUUACCAUCGAACGUCAAAAAAUGGCUAGACGAAAAUGACCAAGGUUUCGUUUACUGUUCAUUCGGAUCUAUGGUAAAAAUAGAAUCCUUCCCAAACGAAACCGUACUGCAGAUAUAUUCAGCUUUUUCGAAACUCUCGCCUAUAAGAGUUUUGAUGAAAGUCGCGGUCCCGGAAUCCCUGCCACCCGGUCUCCCGAAAAACGUAUUGACGAUGAGUUGGCUCCCGCAGGAAGAAAUUUUGAUGCACAAAAACAUACGUGCUUUCAUAACGCACGGAGGUUUAAUGGGAGUUCAGGAGGCAGUUACGUACGGAGUACCUUUGAUAGGCGUUCCUCUGUUCCGCGAUCAGCCGAUAAAUAUAAAAAAUUGCGCCGAUAAAGGAACGGCCGUUUUCCUCGACUACCUGAACCUCACCGAAGAAAAUAUACUCGGCGCUGUUAACAAAGUUCUAAAGAAUUCAAGUUUCAAAACCAACAUGAUGGAUUUAUCCGCCCGAUUUCUGGACCGAGAAACUCCGGCUUUGGAUACGGCGGUAUUUUGGAUCGAAUACAUUUUGAGACACGGAGGUGAUGCUCUGAGGUCGCCGGCGGUAAAACUGACGUGGUGGCAGUUGGCUCUGGUCGACGUAUUGGCUGUUAUCGUAGCUUCGAUUGUCCUCGCGCUUUACCUGAUCAAGAUCAUCGUUUCGAUGAUCCUGAGCAGGUUAGCGUCGACGAAAAAACCCGUACUUACUACCCCUAAGAAAAGCAACUGAACAACGAGUAUACUUGAACCGUGAAUCAUGGGGAAACGAAGCCUGAAAGAUCAGCACAUGCCAGCCGAAAGAAUGCGGUGUCAAAAUUUACCAAAAUCGUGUGUAACGCUACUGCCCAAGAUUAUACGUUGAAAAACAAAUAAGAUAAAACGAAAUGCGAAGCGGCUAUCGGGACGAUCUCGAUUAUAAACGCCGUGAGUCAUAUUUGCAUACAGUAUUACCCCACAAAAGACAUGAUUUUAUCAUGUGAUUCGUUAUGAGUUAGACUACUAAUUUAACUGAUUAGAAAAGAUUUUUAUCCCCUGUCAAUUGAGACGCUAAAAUUAUCUCGAGUGCAACGCCAUAAUAGUGAAUAAAGGUAAUCGGUAGUUCGGACCGUCGAAGUUAGACAUCGAUACAAAAAUGAUCUGACCAAAAAUUAAGUCCCUAUAACCAUACCUCGAUCGACAUUUGUAGGAUACGAAUUUUAGCUGUUAUGAAAUAAAAAAAAAAAAAAACUGAACAAAUAAAAAAGCAACGGUUUCGCGAAGCUGUGAACCUAUUAAAAAUAAAUUCUACUCGCGCGUUAGUUUUGUUCUUUCAUUUUUCACUCUGAGAAGAACAAGCCUUUUACAACUAGGUGAUCAAACGGGUACUUCAAUGAUGUAUUUGUAUAAAUUUAUCUACAUACUGAUUUGAACGUGAACAAUAAAGCCUGUAAUCCCGCUAA